GCGGGAGACAAGAGGAUGGUUGUGUGGGGCGCGCCCAUUAACUUUUGGGACUUGGUAGAAGCACUUGGGGACUCCAGGCAGCGUGACCUGAGAGGCCAGCAGGACUACAACAUGUACCAUCCUCGAGAGUUGUACCCAUCCCUGGGGACCGGCUACCGUCUGGGCCCCCCCCAGUCUGGGGCCGACUCCAGCUUCCCUACUGCCCUGGCAGAGGGCUACCGCUAUCCGGAUUUAGACACCCCCAAACUGGAUUGCUACCUCUCUGGGAUUGAAACUGCACCACGUACCCUGGCUGCACCCCCACCUCUGCCCCUUCUGCCCCCCACUCUGGGCACUGAGCCAGCCCUGCCAGCCCCAGAGGCCCUUCACUCGCUCCCUGGGGUCAGCUUGAGCCUGGAGAACCAGGAGUUGUGGAAGGAGUUCAGCGCUGUGGGGACAGAGAUGAUCAUCACCAAAGCUGGCAGACGCAUGUUCCCUGCUUGCCGGGUGUCAGUUACUGGCCUGGACCCCGAGGCCCGUUACCUGUUUCUUCUGGAUGUUGUGCCAGUGGAUGGGGCUCGCUAUCGCUGGCAGGGGCGGCGCUGGGAACCCAGUGGCAAGGCAGAGCCCAGGCUACCGGACCGCGUCUACAUUCACCCCGACUCUCCUGCCACCGGUGCCCACUGGAUGCGGCAGCCUGUGUCCUUCCAUCGUGUCAAGCUCACCAACAGCACCCUGGACCCCCAUGGCCAUCUGAUCUUGCACUCCAUGCAUAAGUACCAGCCCCGCAUACACCUGGUGCGGGCUGCCCAACUCUGCAGCCAGCACUGGGGGGGCGUGGCCUCCUUCCGCUUCCCUGAGACCACUUUCAUCUCGGUGACAGCCUACCAGAACCCACGGAUCACACAGCUGAAGAUCGCAGCCAAUCCCUUUGCUAAAGGCUUCCGGGAGAAUGGCAGAAACUGUAAGAGGGAGCGAGAUGCCCGCGUGAAGAGGAAACUUCGGAGCUCAGACCCAGUGGCCACAGAGGCCUACGGGAGCGGAGAUACCCCAGGGGGUCCCUGUGACUCCACCCUGGGAGGAGACAUUCGUGAGUCAGAUCCAGAGCAGGCUCCUGCGCCCGGGGAAGCCGCCCCUGCCGCAGCUCCUCCGUGCAGUGGCCCCAGUGCUGAGGCCUACCUCCUGCACCCUGCAGCCUUCCAUGGGGCCACAGGUCACCUACCAACCAGGAACCCCAGCUUCCCAGAAGCUCCAGAGUCUGGGCGCCCAGCCCCCUACUCAGCUGCAUUCUUGGAGCUCCAGCCUGGAGCAGGGAGCUCAGGCUACCCAGCAGCUCCACCUGCUGCACCCUUCGCCCCACACUUCCUGCAGGGGAGCCCCUUCCCCCUACCAUAUCCAGGACCUGGGGGCUACCUGGAUAUGGGCUCCAAGCCUAUGUACUGAGCUGUCAGAGCCACUGUCCCUCCACUUUCCAUCACCAGCCUGCUGUUCCCUUCCCCCAGCCCUGUGGCCCCUCAUUCCAUGGCCCCAUCCCCCACACCAAAUGGCUGCCCCCCCCUUCACACCUUGAUUUCACUCCCACCCUCCUCUGGCUUCAAAGCUCGGGCAAGGCUGCUGGGAGUCCAGCUGGGGCCAGCUUCCCCUUCCCAGCUCUCACCUCGGUGUGAAUGGAAGGAGGCUCUGCCUGGCCAAAUGGGCCACAGCCCAGCA